AUGAUAAAGAUGGCGACCGGUGCACUUUUUGGAGGUUCAACUUCUACUCGCCCUCAGAGCAAGAAUCUAGUCGAAUUCAGGGCUGGGAAAAUGACUCUGAAAGGGAAGAUGGUUACUGCUGAUAAGAGGAAGGGAUUCCUGUAUGUUUAUCAAUCGGAUGACGCUCUGAUGCACUUUUGUUGGAAAGACCGUACCUCAGGACAAGUUGAAGAUGACCUGAUUAUCUUCCCGGAUGACAUUGAGUUCAAGCAUGUGCCACAAUGUACAACUGGAAGAGUAUAUUUACUGAAGUUCAAGUCUUCCAGCAGGAAGUUCUUCUUUUGGAUGCAGGAGCCUAAGUCUGACAAAGAUGAAGAAUAUUGUAAGAAGGUGAAUGACAGUCUGAAUAAUCCUCCUGCCCCAGGGUCAAAUCGUGCAGCUGGGGGUGGAGCUGGAGGCCCUGGCGGACUAGGAAACUUACCCCCAGAGCUUGCAGCCAGUUUAGGUGACUCUGACCUCCAGAGCAUCCUUGGAAACAUGAGCCAGCAACAGUUAAUGCAGCUGCUUGGGGGUAUGGGAAUGGGUGGAGGGGGAGGGGGCAUGUCUGGUCUCUCUGCUCUAAUGGGGGGACAGAGGCCUGCCAGUGCUCAGUCAACAGAGUCGUUGCCAGCUCGUGUACAAUCCAGCCCAGGACCGAGGGUAACAGCAGCCAGUACACCUGCUACUGAACAACGCCCUGCAACAGCUGCAGUCCUACCUUCUCAACCCUCCAGUGUGAUCACCCCUGCCACCCCAGCUGGAGCUCAACCCCCUGCUGCCUCAACAAGUGCACCUGCCAGGACUGACUCAGCCUCAGCUGAUCAGAGGAUACAGCUCAGUGAUCUACAGAACAUCCUCUCUGGCAUCAGUGUACCAGAGCAGAAAGACCAGGUUGACUUAGGUGCUUCAUUGAACCCAGAUACCAUGAUUCCUAUCUUAGCUAACCCUGAGGUCCAGGAACGCCUUGUGCCCUUCCUUCCAGAGGGAGAGAGUCUGCCUAAGACUGAGGGGGAGCUCAAAGCAACUGUAAAGUCUCCCCAGUUUCAACAGGCAUUAGGUGUUUUUAGCCAGGCUUUAGCAUCUGGACAACUUGGUCCACUCAUGAAGCAGUUUGGUCUUGGAGAUGAUGCUGCAAAUGCUGCAGCUGCUGGAGAUGUUGAGGCUUUUGUGAAAGCAAUGCAGGCUCAGGAACAGGCAAAGAAAGAUGGAGGUGAAGAAAAGAUGGACACUGAUUGAGUUUAGAUUAUGCUGUGACCAUCGAAGGCUUGGAAUUAUGAUUAUGAAUGAAGGACUUCGAUAUAACUGAAACUCUACAAGUUUUGUAUUGCUCCUACAACUACCUACAUUUAUCAGAAAUUGAAAUUCUUGAAAUAUUGUGAAGAGAAAAACAUACAGAAAUAAAUUAUAACAAUAAUUAGUAGAUUCUUAAUUUUUAUUGUGCUGUUGACAAUCGUAUUUACCAAAACAGUCGAACAUCACAUAAAAGGAUUUUUA